AGUCAAAAGUCAAAGGUUGAAGGUUGAAGUUUUAGGCCAAAGCCGAAGCCCUUGAGCUGCCACUCAGAAUCCAAAUCCCAGUCUUUUAAUGUAAUGUAAAGGUUAAUUUUUGCACAAAACAAACAGAAACUCAACUUGCAAGAUGGAGGCACGUGCACUCAGCGAGGGACAGGUCGGCAUCGAGAUGUCGAAGGAGUUCAUUCAGUUCGGCCAGGGGAGUCCUGCGGGAUUGGAGGAGUUCGGGCCAUUAACCGAAAAGAGUCCGAGGGCGAUGCAAAACCAGGAGCAGGAGAAGCAAAUUAUGGUGGAGGCAGUGGAGGCAGAGGAAGACCAAUCCUCGGUAGAUGGAAAGCAGCAGGAGAGCCAGGACUGUGCGGAAAAUGCCCUAACAAAUGCCGAGUUCCCUGUGGAAAAAUCCAGUGAAAACUACAGUGAAACCGAAUAUGAAUGCAGUUCGCUGAUCGAGAUCGAAAUAGCAUCUGAAGAGUCUAAAGAAGAGACCUUGACAGCGGAGGAGAGGGCCAAAAUGAAGGAAAAAGAGGCCAAGGAACAGGCCAAAAAGGAGUCCGCCAUGGCCAAGGAAGAGAGGAAACUGAAGGAGAAACAGCUCAAAGAAGCCAAGCGUAGGGAGAAGCUGAACGUGCUACUCGAAGAGGCCAGAUCCUUGGGCAAGAGCCCCAAGCCGGAGGUCCCCGAGACCGAGGCCAGCCCCGAAGCCAAGCCCCAGUCGCCCCCAAGGGACGUUGCGGGGGCAAAAAAGAAGGCUAAAAAGGCCAAAAAGGCGGCCAAGUGGCGCGUGGAUAGUGCCAAGAUGGAGGAGGACAUUCAGCAGUUUCUGGAGGCAAUCAAGGCCCUGGAAAAGAAGCAGCGGGAGGCGGACCGCCAGGAGGCCGAGGAGGCGGCCGCCAUUGUCAUCGAAAACGAGCACAUGAGGGGCUGGAAGUCCGUCCUGAAGGAACUGGGCCAGACGUCCACAUUCUCGGCGGCCACCGCCAGCCUCAGCGCCGCUCAACUCUCCUCCGCCCCGAGACUGGUGGUCCGCGCCAUCCUGCAUCGCGUGGCCAAGAUGGAGUACAAGAACCAGCUGCAUGUCCUUGAGGAGACCUACCAAUACCGCUCCAGCCUGCUGAAGAGGCUCAAGCUCGACAUGCGGUCCAACUAUAAGCGGGAGCUCCAGGAGCUCGCCGCAGCCUACAAAAAGAGCAAGCCCCAAAGGAUCUGAAGCAACGAAUAUCACAAGGAACACUUUCGAAGCCAGAUCUUGACUGAAGAACGACCUACUUCCAUUUGCACAACAGAAAGCCCCUCCCCACCCCCCUAGACCCAGCUGUGCAUCUCAUUAGGAGUGCCAUCCGACCCCAUCCGACCCGCUUCUGGACAGAAGUCCCGUUGGCUUUGUCCGCGGGCUUUUUGUGCCACUUCUGUUUUUGCACUUUGAAAAUAAAAAGAAUACCCACCCCCCAA